GAUAUAAGAGUUAAAAAUGUCCCAUGAUGGAGUACAUUAUCAAGAAAGAAGCAGAGGAAACUGCGAUGGAUACAGUCUGCUUACCAAAUCUUGUGAAGAUAAGACUUGAGUCAUGUUCAGAUUUGAAAAGUUUUUGCAUGGGAAGUAUUACUCUGCAUUGUCCAUCUUUGAUAACAAUUGAAGUAGAUGACUGUCCAAAGAUGUACGCAAUGGCAUGUACAAGGGAGGUAGGUGGGGGAGAAAAGACACCCUUUUUCAAUGAUAAGGUUUUGUGUGCCAAUUUGGAUUGGUUGGAGCUAUCGUCCACUAACAUCCAGAAAUUAUGGCCAGAUGUACCACACAGUGCCAUAUCCUCUAGUGUUCAUAAGUUGCGAAUCUUAAUUGUGAAGGGUUGCCACAAUUUGGAAUAUAUAUUUCCAUCCUUUUCAAGAAAAACAUUUGUGCGACUCGUUCACAUUCGCCUUGUCGAUUGCGACAACUUAGAAGAAGUGAUCUUUACAGAUGAAGCGACAGCAGAAGAAGAAGGGAUAACUGAGGCUUACUGGUUCACUAAACUAAGUAUAUUGGAGCUCAUUAGGCUUCCAAAAUUAGGGACAUUCUGUCAUGGAGAAAACUCAGAGACUGAUUCCCCAACCUUCUUCAACCAAAAUGUUGUGUUCCCUAACUUGAUCCAUUUGAUCAUUCAAGGUAUUGGGAAGUGCAGAAAGAUAUGGCACGAUAAACCCACUAUGAAUUCAUUUAAUCAAUUGACCUUCCUCUGGGUGAAAGACUGUGAAAGACUUUCAAAUAUUUUACCUUUUAGUAUGGUGAAAAGACUUGAAAAGCUAGAAACUCUGGCAAUAGAGGAAUGUAAGUCGGUUGAAGAAAUAAUUGGACCUGAUGACGAUCACUUACGCAAUUCCAAUGAGUCACACGCAGAGACAUCCGCCCAAUCAGUUGAACUCAAAUCAAUCACCAAGUUUGUGUUUCCUAAAAUAACAAAGUUGUAUCUUCAAGUGCUACCCAAAUUGAAGGGUCUCUACUCCAAGGUGCAUACUACGGAAUGGCCAUCCUUGAAAAUAUUAAAGGUGAGUGAUUGCAGCAAGGUAGAGAAUUUGACUAGGGAGUAUAUCAACUUUGGAGAAUCACAAGGAGAGAGCCAACCUCUAAUCUCUGUUCAACAACCCCUGUUUUGGGUCACUGAGGAAGCAUUCCCCAAUUUAGAAGAAUUACAUGUGAUUCGGAACAGAAAUAUGAAGGAGAUAUGGCACGGAGCACUUCCAAACCUAUAUUUUCCCCAACUCACAAGAAUGCGUGUUAUAUAUUGCCAAAUGUUAAAAGAAAUCAUAGCUUCAACAACUGAUGAACUCAUGAAUGGCAUCGUUUUCUCCCAACUUAAGUCUUUAGAACUUGUUAGUCUUCCGAUCCUAUCAAGUUUCUGCUCAGGGAAGUAUACCUUAGUAUUUCCUUCCUUGGAAGAAGUAAUCAUCAGAUGGUGUCCAAAGAUGGAAUUUUUCACAAAGGGGAAGUUAAGCACACCGAUGCUGCAUGGACUACAAUCAACUAAAGGUGAAUAUGUAGGGCUCUGGGAAGGCGACCUUAAUGCUGUCAUUCAACAGUUGUUUGUAGAAAAGGUUUUCCCGGGCUUGGAGGAUUUGGAGCUAUCUUCAAUCAGCAUUCAGCGAGCAUGGAAACACAAGGUUCUGGCCACACAUUCUUAUGCCCAAAAUUUAACAUUCUUGACUAUUAGGGGCUGUCAUAAUUUGAACUGCCUAUUCUCGUCCUCUAUGGUUGAAAGUUUUGUGCAUCUCAAGAAGCUAACCGUCGAAAACUGUGAGAAUGUGGAAAAUGUGAUCUUUUUGGAAGGAUUAGCCAAAGAAGAAAUGAUGAACCAGAAGUUUCGUGUACUAGAAUUUCUAUUGCUCAAAGACCUUCCUAAACUGACUAGAUUCUGCCAUGGAAAUUACUUUGAAUUCCCCUUGUUGACAAGUCUUAGUAUAGAAAGUUGUCCUACACUACGAACAUUCGUCUCCGGUGCAAAAGGAAUCAACUCGGAGAUUCCCUCUCUGACUCUCUUUGAUCAAAAGGUGGCAUUCCCUUGCUUAGAUGAACUGACCAUCAUAGGUGUGGGAAACUGGAGAAAGAUAUGGCAGAAGCAGCCAACUAAUUGCCUGAGGAUUCAUUUUGCAAAUUACUAAUUCUUCUACUGUUCAAAUUGAAGAGUUCCAGCUCAAGGAUACUUACAAAUGAAAGGCCAUCAUUGAAGAAGCCUGCGGGGAUGUCGACUUCUGAGGAAGAGAUUGAGUUUUGGCUUCGGUUUCCCUGGAACUCUAAAUCAGAAAGCAAGUAGUUGAAUUGCACCACUCAAGCAUGUUGCUGCUGCUCAGUCUGUAGCCACAUUCUCUUUUUAUGAUUUUCAGAUUCUUUAAAAUUUUAACUUCAUAAAAGAAAAUAAAUACAGAAAAUUCUUGUAAUGAAUACAAAGGCAAAGAGUUCUCAGAUAGUUGCCACAAUCCCCUGUUUCAAACCAACAUGAAAGAUGCUUUGAUUGCAACUUCAGUCAGCAGCAUUUUGCUACGACAGACCAUUUCGUACGAGUACGAUAAGCAUCCUCUCAGGCUCGCCUAUGAUUCUCUUGAUAAAAGUUAUUUGGAUAAUAGUUAUUGUGAAGCUUGUAAGAAGGAAAGAAAUCCAGACCACUGGUUUCACUACUGCCCAGCAUGUGAAUCCACAAUUCACUUAGAUUGUGUCACAAAUCAGUCAUCAAGUCUUGAAGGGCCAUGGUUGGGUCGAUCAAGCAAUCAAGCAUCAAGGGUGGCUCACAAAAUUAAGAAAAUGUUAACAGUUUCUUUUUAAUUUUCAAGUUUGCUAUUUGACCAUGUAUAGUUGCUUGCUAACUUCAAUAGCUAAUUUCUUCUUUUGUGGAGA